UGUGGCUCCUGGAGGCGACUAUCACCGCUUUGCUUCAACUGAGCCUUGCUGCAUCGCCGAUCAAGAAGCCGAAGCCAUCGUCGUUAAGUCCCCUGUAGGUUUUUUUCUGUCCUCCGUUUCAAGUUUUUUAAUUUAAGGGUUUAUUUUUGUUGUUGAUCAUGGGGAUUUGUUGAGAUCUGAUUUGGUUGUGAUUUGGGGAAUGAAUUUUAUGAAUUUUGAUUUUUAGUAGCUGGAAUUACAAUUUAUGGGGAAAAUUGUGUGGUUGAAACUUUAUUUCGGCUUUUAGUUGAUUGGGGGUUUGUGUGGUUUUUUUAAUUGGGAAUUUUGGCGGGUUUUGGUGAAAUUGGUUUAUGAUGGGGUUAAUUAUUGCCUUAAUUUGGUAUUAGGUUUGAUUUGAAUAAAUAGGAUUUUAUUAAUCCAGAAAAGAAAUAUAAAGUCAGGAAAUUCAAUGAAGAAUCCAGGAAGAAAAAGAAGUCCAACGACUGAACAAGAAAACGAAACAAAAGGGAAAAGCAGGCUCAAACAUCAAAUUUCUAAAGCCUAAAGCGCUACUGCUGGAUAUUCGAGUAAAUGCCCUGGCUUAUUCAGAAUUUUGUUACUAGAAUUAUCUUUGACUGUCAUCAGACUACUGGUUCUGGUCAUGAUGUUUGCCACAUUAGAAUUAGAAACAACGUUGCAGCUUCAUGCAAACAUGGUUUAAGUAGAAGCUGGCUAAAACUUGCUCCUUGGGCAAGUAACAGCCCACUUUACCUGUGUCGAUUUUACUCAUUUGUCUUUUUUGUUUGUGAAUCUGUAAUGCUGAUAGGAAUCAAUAGUGUUGUGAGGAGUAAAAGUUCUAGAAGUUUCGGUUGUUUAAACAAAGGGUUAUUUGCGUCAAUAUUAAGCUUUUUAUUAUUAGAUUCAUCAUGUGACAAUUUCUUGUAAUGUUAGUAUGACUUUUUUUAUAACUGUACUUUACCUUCUUUUUCUGAGCAACAUGUGACCAUUCAGCUUCGUCACUCUGAAGAAUUAGUUUCUGCUAAAUAAUUCUGGCUUCAAGAUUUGGCUGUUUGACUUAGUUGGCUCUUCCUUCUUAGAUAAUUCUUUUACAACCAGUGUUUUGAACAUAUGAGAGAGAUAUUGAAGUUAAAGGUUUUGACAAUUAUGAAAACUAAGAAUUUGGUUACUUGGUUGAAAUGUCCUUGUUGGCUGGAAGUAUUAAGAAGAAUAUCGUUCAGAAGCCAUUUUUCGCGUCCAAGUUUAGGUGUGAUUGGAAUAUAGCAAUAAAAGAAGAUUUACUACCAUCAUGAUGUAUAUCAUGAAUGAUUUUGUGAGGGUUCUGGAAAAUAUCUGGAAAAUAACCUCUUCUUUCUACAUGUAAGGGGCAGAAACAUUGAUAAAUAUGGUGAACAGAGAAAGCUAUCCAUCGUGUGUCACUUUAGCUAUGCGAGUCACAUACUAUAUUUGAUGUUGACUGGGGAAUAGAGCUUCCUCCUUUUGAUGGUUGCAGGAAAGGUAUAGAUGUAUAGAUUGGUUUUUGGAGGUGGUGGGUUGCUGGAAAGAACAGAGUUUCAGUCUAUCAAUAUAUUCAGGAAAGAUCCAUUUCAGUUAAGAUGAAAAUUAAACAGGCAGAGAAGUCAGCUGAAUCACAGAUGCCUGUCAUUGUCAUUGCAAUGAAGGCCUUUUCAGUUGCUUGAUUUGAGCAAGUUGAUUGGUUUAUGAUGAAUGGCUGGUGCAUAAUUUGAAAACAAAUAAACUACAGUUCCUGCAGGGUGCACAAUGAUAAUCAUGAUUCAGAAGAGUCAUUGCAAGUUGUUUAUGAGCAUCUAAUGGAUGGGUGGGAUUUACUAGAUAUUUUUUGGAAAGUUCAGUAACCUUAGCAAGGUAAGUAGUCAUCAAUGAUGCCAAUUUUGUGCUCCAAAAAACUUGUCAAUAGAUUUUUAUGCGUUGGUUUUGUAGGGAAGACUAUUUAAGAGGAAAGUAGGUAUUUAAUGUUAAUGAUAGUGGAAAAGUCUUUAGUAAUUGAUUUUGGUGCGAAAGGUUUUGACAUGUGCAUUAAGCUCUUCUACAUGGUUUACUUCUUGACUUCAGAAAGAUGCAGUUGGUCUGACAUCUAUCAAUUGAAAGUAAAAUCUGCUUAAUUAGUAUUUCCAUUAAUUCUGUUGCAGACUUUGUUUGGUUACACCAUCACAUAACAUCUGCGCCUAGUAAGUAAAUCAAGCCAAAUUCGGGGUUGGUGCUUUUCUGUAUAGAUGAAGGCCGGCAGAAUUAUUAAAAACUGAUUUUUCUUGCUGAGAUCUGGGACAAAUUUAUCAUGCUACAGGUUUGAUUUUGUGUGUGUAGGUUAGACUGUUAGAGUAUUCUUUGUCUGCAGACCAAGGGUCAUGGUUGAAGGAAAUUGUGAGAAUCAUUUACUUUCAACACUUUGAUCUUGCUUACUUUCAAUAAGGUUAUUACUUAUCAUAACCUUAUAAAGGGACAAAGUUUUACACGUUUUCUGCUGAACUGUUUGUCGCUGUAUUUACAAGGAGCGUUUAAGUUGAACUGUGGCCAAAAAAAGUUAAAUGGUUUCUUGGUGUUUUAAAUACAUAUAGAAUUAUGACAGUGAGAAGCUUCUCCAAUAAUUUGUUUAUCAUAAUCAAAACACUGACAGUAACGGUAACUUUAGACUUGGUGAAAUUAUUAUUAGUACAUAUUUCUUUUCAUGUAUCAUAUAUGUAAUUACAGUUUAUCUAUUGGAAUCACUAUAAUUUAGAGCCUCUCAAGUUUCCGUGGAUUUUUGUGAUUUCCUAUAAUAGCUGCUAAGAUGCUGAAAAGCGUUAUAAGUUUUGCUGACUGAAAAUUAAUUUCACUAAGUGAAGGCAUAAUUUGAUUGCAACUUUACAAGAUAUCAGAAUACUGUUGCUGGGUAAAAUUUGUGUACCACAUAAUCUGGUGAAAAUGCAAGUGCAUAAUGCUCAAUUGGCUAAGCUAAAUGUUGGAGGCCUGUUUAGUUUUCAAGAUCACCUAUUCAUCCAAUAAAUGAUGAAAUUUUAUGUAAAAUGCUACAAGAAAGAAACAGACAGGCUGUGAGGAAAUUUUGAUGGAAGCUUGAGCUUACCAAUGUCUUUGAGAUUUUGUUAACGGUCUAGACCGUUCUUCAGACUGCACCAGGAUUGGGGGAUUCCAGCAAAAUUUUCAGGAAAACUUGGAUAGCAUAAGGGUAGUAUGUCAUUAUGCUAAUUAAAUGAUUGUCCCUUUGAGGAUGCUGAUUGAGCUUGUUUGUAAGAAAGCAUAGAUUUACAAUAAUUCUCUUAAAAUUUAGGUAAUAUCUUAUGAUAAAAUGAAAAGAUAAUAAGGUUAUAAUUCUUCAAUUCACUCACAAUUAGUUUUCAGUUACGAGGCAAGUGGUUGUGCUCUUUCAGUUUGGAGGAUCACCAUAGAUUCAGUUAUUGGUACUAUGUUUGUCAUUAACAACUUAGUCAUAUGAUGAUUUGUGGAAUGCAGAUGGUUGCUGUUUCAGAUAAAAAGGCUGAGCUAGUUUAGAACAUAUUGAUCUUAACUUACGAAUUGGGUAAUAGAAACUGUCUACUGCACUUGGUUGAAAGGUAAUAGUUUUCACCCUUGUUGCUUGUUAGGAGGCACUAAUUUUUGUUUGUAGUUAAUGAUUAUGCUCUUUCAGUUUGGAGGAUCACCGUAGAUUCAGUUAUUGGUGCUAUGUUUGUUAUGAACAAGUUAGUCAUCAUGAUGUUUUGUAGGAUGUAGAUGCUUGUUGUUUCACAUAAAAGGGCUGAGCUAGUUUAGAGCAUAUUGAUCUUAACUUACCAAUUGGGUAUUCGUAACUGUCUACUGCACUUGGUUGAAAUAUACCCUUUUUUUUCCCUUGUUCAGUUUUUGUCCUAUCUGAAGGUUCUAGUCUGAUUUGACGAUGUCAGCAAAUGCAGAUGCCCAGUCUGUCUUUCUAGUUAAAGAGGAAGAGUGAUGUAGUAGAUCGAGAAGUUGAGUCUGGUGAGUGGGCAAUGCCUCAAGGAUACACUGAAGUGGUUAGCAGUUCUCUCCAGACACCUGUGUCAGGAAAAGGGGGAAAGGCUCAAAAAACAUCAAGGCUAACAAAAAGUAGUAAAUUUGGUCCUCAAACUCCUGCUUCAAAUCUUGGUUCUCCUGGCAAUAAUCUCACUCCUGCAGGUCCCUGUCGUUAUGACAGCUCCUUAGGGCUUUUGACAAAGAAGUUCAUCAAUUUGAUUAAACAAGCUGAAGAUGGUAUUCUUGAUUUAAAUAAAGCUGCCGAUACCUUGGAGGUGCAAAAGAGGAGAAUAUAUGACAUAACCAAUGUCCUUGAAGGAAUUGGUCUCAUAGAAAAGAAACUUAAGAACAGAAUUCAAUGGAAGGGGCUUGAUGUCUCAAGGCCAGGGGAGGUUGAUGAGAAUGUUGCUACUUUGCAGGCAGAGGUUGAGAACCUCUCUAUUGAGGAACGCAGAUUAGAUGAACAAAUAAGAGAAAUGCAAGAAAGAUUGAGGGUACUCAGUGAAGAUGAAAAUAAUCAAAAGUGGCUUUUUGUCACCGAGGAAGAUAUCAAGAGCUUACCCUGCUUCCAGAAUGAAACACUGAUAGCUAUUAAAGCUCCACAUGGAACCACUCUGGAAGUCCCAGAUCCUGAUGAGGAGGCUGUAGACUAUCCCCAGAGGAGAUACAGAAUUGUCCUCAGAAGCUCAAUGGGUCCUAUAGAUGUUUACCUUGUCAGUCAAUUUGAGGAGAAAUUUGAGGAGAUACAAGGUGUAGAUCAGCCUCCAAACUUUCCAUCAACUUCAUGCUUGAAUGAAAACCCAGCAACAACAAUGGUAACAGAGGAGAGCAGAGGGAAGGAGAUUGAAAUGGAGGGCCAAGAUACUAAUAGAAUGUCCUCAGAUCUUAAUGCCUCACAGGACUUUGUGAGUGGCAUCAUGAAGAUUGUUCCCUCAGAUGUUGAUAGUGAUGCUGAUUAUUGGCUUUUAUCAGAUCCUGGUGUUAGCAUCACUGACAUGUGGCCGACUGAAUCUGGGGUCGAAUGGAACGAGUUUGAUACGCUUCGUGAGGACUGUGGCAUGGCUGCUGUUAGCGCGCCACAUCCCCAAACGCCUCCAUCAAAUGCAACUGAAGUGCCAUCUGCUAAUUCAACCGGGAGGUGAAAGCGUAUUUGCAAGAGUAAAACUGAAGAUUCAUUGGCUUGCUUUGUCUUGAGAGCAUUCCUGGUACUUGGAAAUUGGCAUCCAAGUUUGCAAAAGUUGGCUACUUGAUGUUCCUCAAAGUUGUAGGUAGCACAAUCACUGUACAGUUAAGUAAUACUACAAAUGAUCUACGUGAUGUUGUAGUAAAUAAGGUCAUAUUUAAUCUGACUUAUUUCCCUGUAUAAUAUUCCAUCUCUUUUGCUUUUAUUGCGUCAACCAGCACAUCUUGUUAGAUUGACUGGCAUAGGGUCAUGUAGACAUCAUAUGAUGGCAAACAAAUGAUCUGAUGUACCUCUUUUUUUUUUUUUUUGUUUAAACUGUAUUGAGCAAAAUUUUGAGGAAAUAAAGAUGUAACUUGUAUGGGAUGUUCCGUUCCGUGCGCGGCAAGGCUGUUUUUGAGCAGCAACAUACCAGAACUAUCAUGCAAUGUAUUUAAUCACACAAUACUCCUAGAUUGAUUUCCUGUCGCAGAGAGGGGUCGUGCAUGAGUGAUUCAUUAAACUUGCUAGAGGCAUUUGGACUAAGGAUCGACCUUAUACCAAGAGUGAAAUAUGAUGAAUUGAAAAGAUUCAGCUCCUUUGAUCAUUAACAGAACAUGUAGAUUGAUAUGUGAUGUUUCACGGAUGCCGAAAUUUAUAUUUAGGCUCAGUGUUUUACAUGAUUACAAUCUUAUGUGUGUUUUCAACCAAUCAAUCGUAGUCUUUGCAAUUAACAUGUUUGCAAGCACACUGAAAUCAACUAAAAUCAUAUUGGAGCUUCGAAAAAAACUCUAAUCUCCAUGGAAACACCAAAGAAAAAAAAAAAUUUUACUUGCAAACUAAAUAUGAUUAGACAGGGCAUUGAACAUGGAAGUACCCAAACAUUUCACUUAUCUUUCAACCUUCUUUCCUAUCCAACUCGCAACAAUGGGAGUCAGAGCCACAGUUGGAGGAAACCUUAUAGGAGAUGCAGCUUUGUGUGCAGCAUAUGCCAAAGCAAAGGUCCCAACUUUUUCUCCGGUUGCAUCAGUUGAGAUUCCCACCUGGAAAUUCCAUCUAAUGGUAAUUUGUAACCCAUAAAUGGUUCUCCGGUUCCUUGGCUUGAUCGCCCUUUGAUUUCAUUUCUUCACCUUCUUCCUCUGAGCUGAAUAUCUUCAGAUACUCACAAAAUACAUAAAUAAUUGACAGAAGUUAGCUUCUCAUCAUAACCAAAAACUAAAAUCAGCAGAGAAAAUCAGACA